GCCUUGGACCACGACAUUGGUUGGUGAGGGAGGUGGAGGUGGAGAUGGAAGAAGGUGUGGAGGUACUCGGCUAUGGCGGAUGGGUGAAGGAGGUGGAGGUGGAGGAAGGACUGAAGGUACUUGGCUACAGUGCAUGGGUGAAGGGGGUGGAGGUGGAAGGAGGUGCGAACGUGCUUGGCUAUGGUGGAUGGGUGAAGGAGUUGGAGGUGCAAGAAGAUGCGAAGGUACUUGGUUAUGGUGGAUGGGUGAAGGAGGUGAAGGUGGAAGAAGGUGUGAAGGUGCUUGGCUAUGGUGGAUGGGUGAAGGAGGCGGAGGAGGAAGAAGGUGUGAAGGUACUUAGCUAUGGUGGAUGGGUGAAGGAGGCGGAGGAGGAAGGUGUGAAGGUACUUGGUUAUGGUGGACAGGUGAAGGAGGUGAUGGUAGAAGAAGGUGUGAAGGCGCUUGGCUAUGGUGGAUGGGUGAAGGAGGUGGAGGAGGAAGAAGGUGCGAAGGUGCUUGGCUAUGGUGGAUGGGUGAUGGAGUUGGGGGUGAACGAAGGUGUGAAGGUACUUCGCUAUGGUGGAUGUGUGAAGGAGGUGAAGGUGGAAGGUAUUUGGCUAUGGUGGAUCGGUGAAGGAGGUGAGGAGGAAGAAGGUGCAAAGGUGCUUGGCUAUGGUGAAUGGGAGAAGGAGAUGGAGGUGGAAGAAGGUGUGAAGGUAUUUAACUAUGGAGGAUGGGUGAAGGAGGUGAAGGUGGAAGAAGGCGUGAAGGUGUUUGGCUAUGGUGGAUGGGUGAAGGAGGUGGAGGAGGAAGAAGGUGCGAAAGUUUUUGGCUAUGGUGGAUGGGUGAAGGAGGUGGAGAUGGAAGAAGGUGUGAAAAUACUUGGCUAUGGUGGAUGGGUGAAGGAAGUGGAGGAGGAAGAAGGUGCUUGGCUAUGGCGGAUGGGUGAAGGAGACGAAGGUGGAGGAAGGUGUGAAGGUACUUGGCUAUGGUCGUUGGGUGAAGGAGGUGGAGGAGGAAGAAGGUGCGAAGGUGCUUGGCUACGGUGGAUGGGUGAAGGAGGUGGAGGUAGAAGAAGUUGUGAAAGUACUUGGCUAUGGUGGAGGGUGAAGGAGGUGGCGGAGGAAGAAGGUGUGGAAGAAGGUGUGAAGGUACUUGGCUAUGGUGGAUGGGUGAUGGAGGUGGAGAAGGAAGAAGGUGCAAAGGUGGAAGAAGGUGUAAAGGUGUUUGGCUAUGGUGGAUGGGUGAAGGACGUGGUGGUGAAAGAAGGUGUGAAGGUACUUGGCUAUGGUGGAUGGGUGAAGGAGGUGAAGAUGGAAGAAGGUGUGAAGGUGCUUGGCUAUGGAGGAAGGGUGAAGGAGAUGGAGGUGGAAGAAGGUGUAAAGGUACUUGGCUAUGGUGGAUGGGUGAAGGAGGUGGAGGUAGAGGAAGGUGUGACCGUACUUGGCUAUGGUGGAUGGGUGAAGGUAUGGAGGAGGAAGAAACUACGAAGGUGUUUGACUAUGGUAGAUCCUAAGCUUUCAAUCUUUCCCUAUUUGCAUUGUCUUUAACGGCCGAACCAUCAGAAAAUCUAGACUUGCGAAAUUCAGACUUGCAACAGACACUGGGACUUUGCAGAACUC